GACAUUGGGGUGGACUCGGCAGGCCGGCUCUUCAAGGUCUCGACUUCCUAUGACAAUAACUAUCGCGCCGACUUUUGCGACAUGGUUGCAGACCUUGAAAAACGCGUGAGACAUGGCAAGAUUGAAGAUCAGAUGAAGGCCUACCUUAGCGCCAUGGACGCCUGCGGGGACAACGAAUACGGCACAGAUGACCUGACCGGCAAGCUGGGGUGUCUCGUUAGUGACGUGUUGCGGAAUAAGGACUUCAGCGUUCCGAUCCUCGAGAGGGUUGUGGCCGAGUGCGAGAAAGUGGUGGCGAGCCUGGACGAGACAUUGUCCCUGUUCGUCGCUGUGAAGCAGGACCUGCUUGAGACCGGGUCGACCAGUCUGAAGAGGUUGAACCGGCUGUGGGAGAACAAAUGGCUCGCCCAAACCCACUCUGACCUGUUGGACGUGAACACGCAGGAAGACGUGGACAGUCUGCGCCAAGCAUUGACCCGAAUCACCCUGUGUUAUUAUGGACCCCUUGGACACGCACAGGAGCUGAUGAGGAACUUGAAACUAGAAAUUCAUGAGGCUUCAUGGGACUGACAAGAAGUUCCCGAUAGGCCUAGCCAAAUGGAGUUGCGAGGCUGGCUGGGCAUGCAGCCUCGUAAUUGAGGGGCAAGAGGGUAGCGGUGCCAGGUGUUGACGGACCCGGGGCGGCCGAGGCUUUACAACUACCGAAGGGUAACUUGGUGAGAGAAAGCUGGCGUUUGGCUCUCGAGUGGGCAGAGACACAGAUCUAUUAUUCUUCUACGGUCGGAGAUGCGGGACACAGCGGUGCCUUUGGCACGAAGACGGGGAC